AUGGUAAGUAUGAUAUUUGAGUUUGUAGAAGACCAUAAAAUUAAGGUUUUUUUUAGCAUUUUAUUUUGUACCAGCCUCUAUGUGGAUAUUAUAGUGUAUAUAAUACAAACCUAUUUUUCAUAAUACAGUAUAAAUAUAACAAAAUAAUAAAAAAAAUUUUUUUUCUGAAAUUUUGAGGUAAAAUACGAAGUUUUGUUUUGUAUUUCGUACUUUCUAUAUUUUAAAAAAAAUUUUAGUACGGCUACAUCCACGAUGUACUGAAGGCGAUGAUAGUCGACUCACAUGAUGAAGAUUACUGGAAGUUGAUUUUGUAAGUUUUUUUAUUUAAUAUCUAUAUAAAGUUUUGUGUAUUUAGAGCUUGAAGACUUAAGCUUUUUUCUAUUUUUUUACUUUAUAAAAUCCAAAAAUGGCAAAUUAGUUUGUUAAAAUAAUCCUGUGCCUUCUCCCAAAAUUUUUUUUGGGGUCAGAAGCACAGAAUUAUUUGAACACUACUAGAACGAAUAAUUUUAAAAAUCGACCUAAUAUAAGCUUUUUACAGAGAAGAUGCUGGAAAAGAUCCAAGUCUGGAGUUCUCUUCGAACAAGCACUAUGAUGAUCCAGAGACGUUUUCACUCUUUGCUAGUAUUAGCAAACUUACUCGUAAGUUAUAUUGAAAAACCUAGGGUAGGGUGAAUGUAGGGCAAUGGUGAGAUAACGACAGGGCUAGAGCUAGGGUUAGUGUUAGUACUAAAGCUAGGAUAGGGACUAGGGCUCUGGGCUAGGGCUCUAGGCUCUACACUCUGAACUCUGCUAGGACAAGUGGCUAGGUCUAUUGUAAGGAAAGGUAAAGUAAGGUUAACAAAAGGCUAUUGUAGAGUUAGAUUUAUUGAUAUGGUUACCGCUGGUUAACUGUAAAAAGAGGCGAUAAACUUGUAUUGAAAUUCAAUUUUCAGGGAUUCCAAACGAAGAAGUAUUGGAAAACUUUGGUCGAUAUUUCUGUAUUUACGUGUUAGAAAAUGGAUACGAUGAGUUGUUACGGAGCAUUAGUCCGGAUUUGCGGGUAAGACCACAAAACUCCAGCCCUAGCCCAGAGCCCUAGCCCAGAGCCCUAGCCCAGAGACCUAGCCCAGAGUUCUAGCCCAGAGCCCUAGCCCAGAGCCCUAGCCCAGAGCCCUAGCCCAGAACCCUAGCCCAGAGCCCUAGCCCAGAGCCCUAGCCCAGAGCCCUAGUCCAGAGCCCUAGCCCAGAGCCCUAGUUUAAAGCUAUGCCCUAGUCUAGAGCGAUAGCUGUAGCCCUAGGCUUAGUCCUAGCGAUUGCAUUAGCCCUAUUUUUAGCCCUAGACCUAACUCUAGCACAAGCCAUAGUCCUAGGCUGAAGUUUUAGCUAAUUUUCUAGCCUCACCUUAAGUUCCAGUCUUUGUACUAGCUUUAGCCCUAGCUCUAACAGACUCAGCCUAGACAUGAGGAACGGGCCGAGCCCGCCUUAACUCAUGUUUAGGUCGGCCGGGUUUGAAAAUCAAGGCUCGGCCCAAAAAGCCCGUUUUUUGCACGUAAAAACAUUUGGGCAGCGCCAGCGCUGAGCAAAAUUUAGAUCGGACCGGGUCUAACAUACACGUUCCUCAUGUUUACCUCAACUCUAGCUCUAGCCCAGAGCCAUAGCUCAGAGCCCUAUUCCAGAGCUAUAUUCCUAGUUUUAGCUCUAGUUUUAGGCCUGGACUAAAGUUCUAGCCAUUAUUCUAAACUUAUUUUACGCUGUGCAUUUGUACGAGCUCUAGCAUUCACUCUAGCCUAGUCCAGCCUAGUCUUUUUUCAAUUCAGGGUUUUCUAAACAACAUGGAUUCCCUCCACUACUUCAUCGACCAUGUUGUCUACAAAGCCAACAUGAAAGGACCUUCGUUUCGUUGUGAGCCAGGUGAUGGUAAUCGGAUUAUUCUUCAUUACUUGAGUAGUCGGAAUGGUCUGUAUCCGAUAGUAAAAGGGUUACUACGGGAAUUGGCAAAGCGAUUGUUUGAUAAUGAAAUUGAUAUCAAUAUACAAGGGAGGUCGCAGAAGAUAGUGCAGUAUUCUAGUGGAGAGAGGAUGGAAGAGCAUGUCAUUUUUCAUAUUGUGGUAGGUUUGGCACUUACCUCAUGUUAGUGUUGGCAUUAUUACAUUUAUAUUUCGGCCCUAAACUACAGUAAGGUAUUGUUAUAGACCAGAGAAGCCACUCCAUCCCCAGCCAACUCUCAAGCUGUCUCCCCAAGUAUUCAGAUCGAUAACACAUCUGAUUGGCAGAUCAUGGUGAAUAGCUUCGAUUUCAUGGAGAUGAUGCCCUAUCACUUUAUUGUGGACAGAGACUGCAAGCUGGUACAAGUUGGGAGUAGAUUAUGGUAGGUUGGUUUGAAAAUGUACAUUAAGGUAAGGCAGGGCGGGGCACGGCGGGGUAAAAUAAAGUAGGACAGGGUAGGGUAGGGUAGGGCAAGGUACUAAAGUAUCCAUCCUACAAAUUUUUACAUUUAUUUUCAGUGAGCACAUCUCCGAAGACCUACUAACAGUAAGUUCAUCUAUAAAGUAUACCUAUUACAUGACGAAUAUACGUUAUGUUAUACUAGACCUUAUGAAUAAGAUAAAAAAUAACAAACUAUUUUCAGCCAGGAACCCCAAUCAGUCGUGUUUUCGAAAUUCAUAGGCCACAAGUCACCUUGGAGUACGAAAACAUCUGUAACUUUAUCAAUGGUGUGUUUAUCUUACAAUCAAGGUCAAUACCAUUGAUGGUUCAGAAGAAUCAAACUGGUCAGAUGUCGAAUGAACAGUCUAGAGCUUCACAGCAUUCGUGAGUAUUUUUAGGUCAUGUUGUGGCUAAAAAUUAAUGUUUUGAAUAUUCUUUAGAUGAUUUUAAAAAUUAGACGAAAUGUCACAAAAAUUAUUGAAAAAAACUUUUUUUAUGACAUUUCGUCAAUUAAGUCAUUUUUUUAUUAAAAAAUGCUUGGUUAGGCUUUUUAAGCCAUAAUUCCACUAUUUAAGCCAUGAAAAGUUUUACGACGAAGUGUCACAAAAUUUAAUGGAAAAACGAUUUUGUGACAUUUCGUCAUAUUAAUAAUUUUUUUAAAAACGUUUAAAAAUGAAAAUUGCUUUUUAAGUGUUUUUAAGCAACGGUUUGCCUUUUUAAGCCAUGAAUAAUUUUACGACGGAACACCACAAAAAUUAUUGGAAAAAUUAUUUAGUGACAUUUCGUCACAUUUCAAACCAUCUUCCUAAAAAAUGAAAUUUCUAGUAACGACGCAGACCCAACCUUGAUAAACGCACAACAUUUGAAACUAAAAGGUCAGAUGAUGAUUAUUGACAAUGAACACAUCAUCUAUCUAUGCUCUCCAUACAUACGAACACUACAUGAAUUGGACAACUUUGGGCUGAAAUUGUCAUCUUUUCCUUUACAUGACUCAACUAGGGAUCUGAUUUUGCUAAAUCAACAACGCGCUAGCGACGUGGAGGGUUUGUAAGUGUUUUAUGAGAAAAAAAUUAGGGCGGGUAAAUUUUUUUGAAAAAAAAUUUGGGGGUGGAUUUUAAAAUUUUUGAGUUUUUUGAAUUUGUCUUAAUAUGGCUAAAUCAGCAACGGGCUAGCGAUGUUGAAGGACCGUAAGAAAUUUUUCCAAGCAAAAAAAGUUUUGGGCGGGGUCAUUUUUUUUGUAAAAAAAUUAGGGGUGGAUUUUAUACUUUUUUAAAUUUUGUAAAAUUUUACCUAUUUUGUUAUUAUAGGUACAAACUAGACCGUAUAAACCAAGAAAUUGAAGAAGUAGAAACAAAAUUGAUAGAAGAAGAAGAGUUCUUGGACAACUUGAGACAUGAGACCUUCCCUGGUAUUGUAGCUCAGCAAAUAUCUCAAGGGAACAGUAGUGAAAUGACUACUAGUAUGUUUACUUUCAUCUAUAAUCUUAUUUUAUAUUCUACUUUUCCCUUUUAAUCACUAAAACACUUAUUUUGCGAAUUUAACCGCUAGCAGGCUGCGCGGGUCAAGUUAUACGAUCAAACAUGUCCAGAGCCAUAACUGAUAAAAUUAAAUUUAAAAAUCAAAAAGGAGUGCCAAAUCAUACUCAGAGAAAGAUUUAUAAAAAGAUUUUCAUUUUUCAGAAGUAUUCGACAGUGUUACUGUAAUGUACGUGGACGUACCCACCUUUCAGACCCUCCUAACUCAAUAUACUGCAGCUGAUGUGGUCGGCAUGAUUGAAGAACUGUUUACUCGAUUCGACCGGCUUGUGCAUAUGAAUGGGGUUUAUAAAAUUAGUGGGGUAGGCAUUAAAAAUUGUCUUAAAAAUAGUACCACAACCUCCCUUAACUAGUACCACCAGAUCAACGGAGGCCCUACGGGCCUCCUAUGAUCUGGACGUUGCUAUUUCAUUUUCAUUUUACUAAAUUCAAUACAUUUCAUAACAUUCAUAAAAAUUAGCUCGGGCCUGCGACCCUCGCACAUUGCUUUUGAUCUGGACAUUGUAAUAUCAUGUUAUCUGGUCUUCAGUAUUUUAAUUUAAAUACAGUUUAUAAUAUUCAAACUCGUGGGCUCGGGCCUACGGCCGUCGCACAUCGUCACACUUUUCAAAAUAGUACAGUAUCAUUUUGUAACUUUAUCAUAAGAAAAUAGCAUCGUACUCAAAAAAGGACGAACUUUAUACAAUGCAAAUGCCACGGGCCUUCGGCCCUCGGCGCGUUGAAGCAUCUAUUUUUAAAACUUAAGAUUUUAUUGCCAUUUUACUAUCAUUUUUCAUUUCCAAAUUAAAAAUUUUGAAAAUUUUCAUUUCCAAAUCCCGACCGCUCAUUUUCAACCAAUUUUUUUACAAUAAAAUAGAAUGCUUCACUUUGCCGGCUUCACUUUUCUGUCACAUGAUACCACGCUCUCCAUUUAGAAAGGGGGAUAGCCUCGCUUAAUAAGCUUGGUACUACAUAUUCCGUAAAUAGACCUACUAGUACCAAAAAAUCAUGUUUCAGAUAGGUGAAAGCUAUGUCUGUGUCGCAGGGGUACCGGAGCCGACUGUUGACCACGCUGAGACCAUGAUUCAUAUAGCAUUGGGUAUGGAGUGGAAGGCUAGAAUGGUGGUGGAUCCAAAGAAAAAAGAAAGCAUGCUAGUCAGAUGUGGCAUUCAUACUGGAUCUGUAAUUGCUGGGGUUGUUGGAGAGAAGCAUAUGAGGUAAGGAGACUUCUACCCCUACACCUACCCCUACUUCUGAUACUGCUUUACCCUAGCCUUCUACCCCAACUUCUACUUCUACCUUUGUCCUUACCAUCACCCACCCCGUCCCCCAGGAUCCUACCUCAUCUUAAAUCUGGAGCUAUUAUACUACCAGCCAACCCUAUCUUACCCUACCCUACGCCACCCCUUACCCAGACCCCUAAAAUUUAAAAAAACUACCCCUAACUUUAAAACCAAGUUCAAAUACGCCCAAACCAGACACUACAGAUACGCUGUCUACGGUGAAUGUAUGAAUGUGGCCAUGAAGCUGAUUCAGGUCACAACCGCCGGUCGAAUUGUCAUAACUGAAGCGACACGCCAAGCUGCCCAACAAACCGGUCGAUUCGACUUUGAACCGAGAGGGCUGACUCAAGUGGCUGAUUAUGAUGCUAUGGACACGUUCUACGUCAAAAAGUCGUUCAAGAAAUCUGUUUUUGAAAUUAUCAAUCGGACUAGGGGUAAGGAAUGGAAAUAUAUUACAAUAUCAGGGGCGUCGCUACGGAUUUUUUCUGGGAGGGGGGGGUGGAGACCCAAAAAAAUUUUUUGGUCCACAGGUAGCCCUGAUUUCCUCCCCCCCCCCUAGCGACGCCCCUGUACAAUAUCAUAAAAUUUUAUGGAUUUUUUGGUCGCAAACGGAUUUCUAUGUAUUUUUGGACUUUUUUUUAACAUAAAUUUGUUUUCAGACGAAAACAUUGACAGUAUUGAUGGCUACGCGGAGUUGGAAAAGAUACUCCAAGGUGUGGAAAAGAAGAUGGAUAAACAUAAAAGUAUUAGCUGUAGCGUAAUGUAA